AUGCUGUCCAUUCUUUUGGUGGUUGGACUUUUUGUUGUUGUCGAUGCUCAAUGUGGAAAUGACCCGGUUUGCGCGAAAACGCCGUCAUGUUAUCGUCUCACCUACAUGUUAAGACAUCCAGACGAUGGAAACACCGGAAACUCGACUUUUCACUAUAACUGCUGUGAUGAUGCGAAGGGUGUGACAGCUAUUUGGUCAUGCACAGCUCCUUCCAAGGAUCAUCACGUUUAUUUGUGGAUUAAUGGAGUCGGAUUCAACUCUGAACUCCCAGCCCUCUCUGAUGCAUUCGGAACGGCCAACACUGCUGGACUUGGAAACCCAACCACCCCCGUUGAACUCUUUUGCGGUGCCGACACCGGACGAUGGGUGAUCAGAAAUCCCACCAAUGACAACUGGCAACUUGGUGGUCGAAACUACUAUCUUCCCAUCAGCGAUUUGACUUGUGUGGCCUCAUUGGACGUUGGAAAGAAGAAA